AUGUCGUCCUCGGCGGGUGUCCAACUUCCACCGAGCGACCCUCCCACCUCGCUCCCCAGCUCUGACAAAGGCGUAGUCGAGAAUGGCGAACCGAAGGAGAUUAAAAAUGAAUUGGAAUUUGCGCAGUGGUACGACACCGCCGGAGCGGAAUUGCUGGAAUUCACAUACGAGAAAUACCAAUCAUGCCUUGACGAGCUGGAGAUGACCACUGCCCACCUCGAUUCCCUUCUCCGUGAUAGCUCCUCGACUCUUGAUCUUCUAUCCAGCUUAUCCCGGUCUUUCAAGUCCGUUGAAGCACAGACGACCGCCUUCCAGCAACAGUGCGAAGGGUUGCUGGCCGCUGAGCAGCGGAGCGCUAAACUCGCGGAUGAUAUCCAGGAGAACUUGCAAUAUUAUGACUAUCUGGAUCCUGCAUCAAGAAAGCUCAAUGCACCAGGAGCUGGUAACUCGGUUCGUAGAAAGGACUUCUCUGAUAUGCUGCGACGGUUGGACGAAUGUCUGGACUAUAUGCAAGCACAUCCCGAACAAAAGGAAGCAGAGACAUACAGGGCACGUUACCGCCUCCUACUAACCCGUGCUUUGACCCUAAUCAGAGGGCAUUUUGUCUCCACGCUGCGAGAAAUAUCCUCAGGGGUAUCAAAGCGCAUCGCCGAUCGGCAGCUAAAUGACACUACGAUGUCUGCGUUGCUCUACGCAAAAUUUCGUGUAGGAGCAGCUGACAUGAAAGACAUCGGAUUAGAGAUCCAAAAGAGAGCCGUGCCGCCAUUGGAUCCCGAACAGGGCGCUGAAGCGGAGUAUCAGAGCUUACUUAACGAGCUUCAUUCGAAUUUCUCCGCGACACGAGGAAAGUUGAUUAUACCACUUGUCCGGAAGAGAUUGAAUGAUAUCGCGAAUGCACCUAGCACCUCGAAGGACCUUGUUGCCUUUGCGCGGACGAGUAUCAGCUAUAUUCGAGGAAUUUGCUUGGAUGAGUUCGACUUGUGGGGUCAAUGGUUUCACGGACAACAGGGUCUCUACGAUUUUCUAGAGUCUGUUUGCGAGCCAUUAUAUGAUCACCUAAGGCCUAGAAUCAUCCAUGAAACCCAACUGGUCAAAUUAUGCCAGCUAUGCAUACUCCUCCAGACUCGAUACCUCAUGGAUCCAGAAGAAGAAGGCGAAUAUCCUAACCCAAACCAGUUGGAUUUCUCUACUUUAAUCCAACCUGCCCUUGAAGAUGCACAGACACGUUUGGUCUUCAGGGCACAAGCAAUUCUAAGAGACGAUAUUGAGAAGUUUAAACCUAAACCUGAAGACCUUGACUAUCCCGCUCGAAAUAGAAGAGUUUCUCUCCCCGCAGCAGAUACUAAGGGACCGGCUACUUCUGGGAGAAAACAAUCCCAUAUUGACCCCACGUCUCCCUUGCCAAACCUGCCGAUGAUCGUUGACGAGGAACUUGAUUCUCCAGGGGAGAAGGGCCCUAGAUGGGACUUUGACUCUAGAUCAGUAUUUGAAGGCUGGUAUCCUACCCUGAGGAAAGCUGUCUGGUUAUUAAGUCGCAUAUACCGGCUUGUCAAUUCUACCGUCUUUGACGAUCUAGCUCAUCAAAUAGUCCACCAAACCACCAUCUCUCUCCAUCAAGCCAGUACUCAAAUCGCCGCCAAGUCCUCCCCAGCCGACGCCCAGCUCUUUUUAAUCAAACACCUCCUCAUCUUGAAACAGCAAAUCGUAGCUUUCGACAUUGAAUUCGUGUCUCCAGAAGUAUCCUUUGAUUUCUCUGGGGUGACAAAUACAUUCUGGGAACUUCGCGAACGCGGCGGUCUAUUCAACCCACGGAAUCUCGUCCGGUUGCUUGGCGACGGACUUCUCCCACGAGUCGUCGAGAAUAUGCUCGACGCGAAAGCUGAGUUAGACGGCAGACUUCGAACUGUAAUCAGUGACUUCACGAACUCCUUUUCGGCGAAGAUGACCACUCCGCUACCAUCUAACGAGACUUCUGCCUCACAGGCUCGUGGCGCGAUUGAGAAGACGUGUCAGGCUGUUCAGAAGGAAGUUCCUGAGCUAAGAAAGGUACUGAGCAGUUAUAUUGACGAUACUAGAACGAGGGAGACUCUGGUAGCUGCGGUGCGGGAUAGCGUUAUUCAGCUGUAUGAGGAUUUCUUUGAGGCGUACGCUUCUGCUGAGACGAGCAGUGAUCGAAUGGCGAGAAAAGCCGCUGGGAAAGGACGAGCGGAUGAGGUGUGGGAUGUCGAGACCUUUACUGAAUGGAGUGAAGGCGUCUUCUGCGUGGGGAUAUCAGGCCUGAGGGGUUCGGAAGAGGAUGUAGAAGACUCCGACGAUGCUCGCAGCGCAGGGAGUGUGUAG